AAAACGAACUUUGUCAAUCUCUAUACCCUUCUUUUUUCAUCGAUUUUUCGAGAGUAGAUUGAAUUUUCAGUACAAUGCGAUUCAUAAUUUAUUUAUUAUCACUGUUCUCAUUGGGUUCAACUGCGAAUUUAAUAAUAAUGCAAGCAAUUUGGAGACACGGAGACCGGGCUCCAGGUGAUCUUCCAUAUCCAAAGGAUAAGUAUAAUGAAACAUUUUGGCCACGCGGAUGGGAUCAGCUGACUAAUAAAGGAAUCUGGCAAGCGGUAGAAUUGGGAAUAUGGCUUCGACAGAGAUACGGAGCAACAGUUCUACCAAUUUUUGACAAAGAUAAAGUUUUCAUCCUGUCAUCCGAUUCGGAAAGAGCAAUUGAAACAGCUCAGGGCGUGUCUGCUGGUCUCUUUCCACCUGUUGAUGAUCGUGUUUGGGAAUCAUCCUAUCUUCGAUACUGGCAGCCGACUCCAAUUCAAACUGCUUAUGGAACUAUUGAUGCACUUCUCCGCCCAACAAAAGUCAAAUGCCCGAACUACGAUCUGGCCAAUGAGCAAGAAGAAGCUCCAAUUGCUACACAAAUCAAUAAUGAAUACGGUCAAAUGUUCAAUUGGCUACAGAAUAUCACUGGUAUGGAAUCGAUAGAUUUCUGGAAUAUCAACGACUUGUAUGACAUUCAACGAGAGUUAGAUCAUAACAUGCCACAACCUCAAUGGCUGAACCAAGUGUUCAACGGUACAACUAUUAUGGAUCAUAUUCGGGAAUUAAAAAGAAUAACCAGAAAUCAGGAAUUCAAUUCUCCAACAAAAGCAAAAUUCCGAGGAGGCAUGUUGGUUAAUCAGUUUUUGCAAAAUAUGGAAGAUCUGAAAGCAAACAAGACAACAAAAAAUGCAAUGAUGUAUUCUUCACACGAUGGAACACUUUCUGCAUUGCUUUAUGCUCUGAAUGUCUCCAAUGAUCAAUUGGUUCCAUACACAGCUACUGUACUCUUCGAAUUAUACGAUGAUAAUACCGUGCAAUUAUUCUACAAAAAUACAACAAGCACAGCAUACCCCAUGACCAUUCCUGGAUGCCAACAAAUUUGUCCAUAUUCUCAAUUUUUACAACUUUUAGAGAAUGUUCGAGUGAGAUCAUUGGAUGCUUUAUAUUCGUUAUGCGGUACAUACAGCUCUUCAACGACAUCUACAACAAGAGCGACAGGAUGAAAAAUAUAAAUAAACAAAUUUGGAAUAAAUUAUCAAUCACUCAGUUGUUCAUCUGAUUUCAAUGUUUCUUGCCGAUGAAUCUCGUCCAUCUGAAAUUCCUC